AUGAUAUCCAAUGGUACAAAAUUUAGUCUGGAAGAAGACGAAAAAUAUGAACGUAAUGUAAUACGAGCGGGAAACGUGGCGAGUAUUAAUGGUAGGUUUUCUGUGCCAAAAAAAGAGUCGACUCUGUUAUUUGGAACGAAAGUCGGUCGUUCUAAAAAUUUCGAUACCAGCAGCAACAAUGGUGUUUACUUAACCAGAUUCGUUAAAGACUUAUUGGAACAUUUUAAAAAAAAACUUGGCUUCGCAUCUGAUUGUCUCAAUGGUGGCACGGCGACAUUAAAAGGAGGAUGUAUUUGUCCGAAAUAUUAUCGUGGUCAAUUUUGUGAAGAACUCGUGUGUAUCAAUAAUGGCACUUUAGCAACAGUACCAAAAUCUAUUCCAAAGCAGUAUGCUUGCAGAUGUCCUCAUCCUGAAUACAUACAUGGUGUACAUUGUGAAUUUGUUAAAUGUCUAAAUGGCGGACGUCCAACAGAUAGUGGAAAUUGUCAGUGUUUGGAUUACUGGUACACAGGACAGUUUUGUCAAGAUUACAAGGCAUCAUGGGGUGCUGUGGUUGGUGUUCUUUUGUUAUGCAUGGUGAUUAUAAUUAUUUGUUGCGUUGUUUGCCGCUUGAAUUUGUUUCCAAGAAAGCCUAUGCAUUCACGAAGACGUCGGAGAACAUUGCCCACUGAAGUUUGCAAUGAAUUAAGUAGUCAUCGGUUUCGUCGACUAGGAUUCAGGGACGAUAGUAAUGGGAGGGCUACUGAAAUUUUUUUACGAAUGCAGGCAACUUUUAUAAAAACAUAUUUUGCUUGUUCAAGUUUUAAAAAAAUCGAAAAUCUAUUAAGUGAUAAUGGCAAUAACUCUGCUUUGAUACUAAGACCUCAUAACAAUACUUUUUCAUCUUAUGUUAUCCAUCUUGAUACAUUGCCAGUUUUUAAUCCUUCUCUGAUAUCUAGUGUAAAUUCAUCUAAACCAUUGAAUCCGCCACCUUCGUAUGAAGAAGUUAUGACAUUAUGUUCAGCAACACAGCACGUUGUUAAUAGAAGAAACUGUGAGAUUCUUCCACCUGAAUAUACGCCUUACCCGUCUCCGUUGUGA